AUGGAGAUUUUAAAGCUUUCAGAGGAGGCCAAGAACAACCAAGCUGUUCAAAUGGAGAUUUUAAACUUGUUGAAGGUGGUGCUAAUUAUGAUUGUCGUGCUUUUUGUGGUGGUGAUUUUAAUGGGUUUUAUGCUUCACAAUGUUGUGGUUAUAAGCAGUGUGAAGUUGUGGGCAUUAGUUAGGUGCAGGUGGAAUGGUAGUAAUAGUUUACGUGUAAGGGCUAAAGAGAAAUCUAAACAGCGGUUCAAGAUUGAGUUUACUAUCCCUCGGAAGUUCGAGCGAGUUAAGCUUUCUUUCCUUCGUUUAUUCCCUAAUCCUCUUAACCGAGUAAACUUAGUUCGUUCAAUUCUUAGGGAGAAGAAGGAUGGGAAUGAAUGGGAAGACUGGAGUAGUCUCUUCAUUAGCCGAAAGGAAUUAGUCCCCAAUAGCCUCAUUAGAAGAAUGAACAAGAAAAGGCUUCAGCCCUUCAUCUUUCUGAAUCGAGACCCGGCCCGACUCGCGUCAUUCCAACAACCGGCGGGGAGCACCUUAGUAGACGAUCGCAUACAGUAA